AUGCUCUCCACUCUUAGAGUUGCCAGCCGCUCGGCUGCUCCCCAGGCCAACCAGCGCAUCGUCGUCCUCGGAGCUAGACAGGCCUCGGCCUGGGCUAACGUUCCCCAGGGUCCCCCUGAUGCUAUUCUCGGUAUUACCGAAGCUUUCAAGGCCGACUCCUUCAAGGAGAAGAUCAACCUAGGUGUUGGUGCUUACCGUGAUGACAAGGGCAAGCCCUACGUCCUGCCUUCCGUCCGCGCUGCCGAGGACAAGGUCGUGGCAUCCCGCCUCGACAAAGAGUACGCUGGCAUCACCGGUAUCCCCGCCUUCACCAGCGCCGCUGCUGAGCUCGCCUACGGCGCCGACUCCUCUGCCAUCAAGGAUGACCGCCUCGUCAUCACCCAGACUAUCUCCGGAACCGGUGCCCUCCGUAUCGGCGGAUCUUUCCUGAAGCGCUUCUACCCCGGCGCAAAGAAGAUCUACCUCCCCACCCCCAGCUGGGCCAACCACAAGGCUGUCUUCACCGAUGCUGGUCUCGAGGUUGCCAACUACAGUUACUACAACAAGGACACCAUCGGUCUUGACUUUGACGGUCUGAUCGCCGAUAUCAAGAACGCCCCCGAGAGCAGCAUCAUCCUGCUCCACGCUUGCGCCCACAACCCUACCGGUGUUGACCCUACUGAGGCUCACUGGCGCCAGAUCAGCGAUGUCAUGAAGGAGAAGGGCCACUUCGCCUUCUUCGACAUGGCCUACCAGGGCUUCGCCAGUGGUAACGCUGACAAGGAUGCCUUCGCUCCUCGUCACUUUGUCAAGGAGGGCCACAACAUUGCUCUGUGCCAGUCAUUCGCCAAGAACAUGGGUCUGUACGGUGAGCGUGUCGGUGCCUUCUCCCUCGUCUGCGAGAACACCGAGGAGAAGAAGCGCGUUGAGUCUCAGAUCAAGAUUCUCAUCCGUCCCCAAUAUUCCAACCCUCCCAUCCACGGCGCCCGUGUCGCCUCCACCAUCAUGAACGACCCUGCCCUCAACCAGCAGUGGCUCGGUGAGGUCAAGGGCAUGGCUGACCGCAUCAUUGAGAUGCGGUCUCUCCUCCGCACCAACCUCGAGAAGCUCGGCAGCAAGCACGACUGGUCCCACAUCACCAGCCAGAUCGGCAUGUUCGCCUACACCGGCCUGAAGCCCGAGCAGAUGGACGCCCUCGCCAAGGAGCACUCCGUCUACGCCACCAAGGACGGCCGUAUCUCCGUCGCUGGUAUCACCUCCGGCAACGUCGGCAGACUCGCCGAGUCCAUCUUCAAGAUCACCGGUUAA